AUGGAGCCGUCCUUUCGUCGCGCGGCGCAGAGCCUCUGUGGGCAAUGCUCGACGGCUCUGCGUGGGCAUCUAGCUCAGCGAGGUGCUACCAGACAGCUCGCGGCCAUGUCGAGCCUCUCCAAGACUUCAGCCACUGCCUCGACCAAGCAGGCAGUCAAGGCUAAAAGUGUGGCUACGCCUGUAGCCAGGGAAUAUUCCUCUCAGUCCGCGCCGUCGUUCAGCUUCAGCAACUCCGACAAGCCUCCCGUACCGACCUCCGUCAAGCUCUCGCAGGAUGACCUGUUUCACUCCUUUACCGACUCACCCGUGCCCGAGUUCCGACGCCGCGCCGCAUUUAUGCGCGAACAUGCCUGCUGCCCUCACCCAGACCACAAGCCGACAAAAAUUUCGACGCUCCCUCUGGCCGAGCAGCCCAAGACAGGUGACAUGCCUCCCGCAAAGGUCAAUUUUGAAUGCCCUGACUGCGGCAUUCCCGUAUACUGCAGCAAGGAGCAUUGGAUGGAUCACUACGAGGAGCAUCUGAAAAUUUGCGAUACUUUGCGACAGAUCAACGAGGAUGAACAUGAUUUGCGCUCUGGUAGAGUCUUCCAUGAGGCCAAUCUGCCUGAUCUCCAGCUUGAUGAUGCCGCCGUGAACAUGACCAACUGGGACACAUUCAUGUACACUCGCGAGUUCAAUGCUGUUGACUCGGACCGAGGCAUGCGCCAAAUCACUCGUCUUUUGACGUACCCCGUCACAGUUGGCAGUGUUCUUCAUGAACUUAGCCCGUACAAUAUCCAAAGCGGAGGCCGUCUCACCACCGAAGGUCUCAAGAGUUUCAGCGCUUUGAGAUAUAACCUUCACCCCGGCCGCUCCGGACGCGGUGCUACGAUUCAGACACUCCGCCCUGAGCCGCCACCUGUUCGAGUCUUCGUCCUCGGAGCUCGCGCAGAGUCUUCCCUGCCCCGAUCUACCUGGGUGCAGCUUGCGCAUCUGUUCCCCGAGUCUAGACUGCACCUCAUCAUGAUUGGUCCCGAAAGCAUGGCUAAUCGUGAUGAUGAGUUUCCUCUUCCCGAACGCACACCUUCGAACCCAUUCGGUGCAAUUGUCGAGGACAGGGUCUGGUACAAGAUGAAGAUUAGCACCAUUGUGGACUACUACCACACCAUACACAAGACUGGUCACUUUGCACCAUAUGAUCCGUACUUUGACUGCUUCGUUCUGUUCCACCCUGGCCUUGGGCAUCCCGCAAGCAGCCAUGAGUGGGAGGAGACUCUGCCCCUUCUUUUGGAGACCAAAGUGCCUAUUAUCAGCACUGGCUAUACACAGCAAGAUCUUGACCGUGACGUCGAGUGGGUGCGAAACAAGUCGCGGGGCGAGUUUGACAUGCUGCUAGAGCCUGGCGAGAAUAGUUUCAGAAGUCUGCGAUGGGAUCUCAACGACGCUGACCCUCAGGACACCACUUGCGGCAACUGGGGUGUGUGGGCAUUCCGUGGCAAGAGGGUAGGACCUCGCGGCAACACGCACAUUCUCAUGUAA